CAGUAUUCCUAUUUGCAUCGAUACGAAGUCACUUUUUAACUUGCCAUUGCAAAGUUGCAAAAAACCAAGUGAUAAAAAUUGUGCUAUUCCCGUUGUUUUGAAUCGCCUUUGAGUUAAUGGCUUGAUUACAAGUGAAUAUCAAACCGUAAUAUUUUGUUUAAAUUCAAUCAAUAAACAAUGUAGGAUAACAAAAUGCGAACGAUACUCAUCAGAAAGUACUCACACAACAAUUCAUUUCGUAAGAGAUCAUGUGCAAGACGGGCAUUUUCCAUGAAUACACAACAGAUCUAUGCCUUUACAUACCGUUUUGUGUAAUUUACAUAUGCCUGGGUGUUGUUCAAAUAAUUUCCGGCAUUUUCUACUUCAUAACCAUUCCAGUGAUCAAAUUGAUCAUAAACAUUGCAAUAGGAUGCUGGAUUAUUUUAACUGGGAUAAGUGGUGGAAUGGUGGCGUGUGUUUGUUCAUCUAGAACGAGGAAACAUGAGCUCUUGUUGUACUGUUCAUUUUCUGUGUUGAUAUUGAACACUUUACAUUUGAUAAUAUUGGAAUUCAGUCAAUUCAAAGAAUUGUUCAAGGAAAAUGUUCGGCAACAGAUGAACGCGAGCAAAGAGUACGAUGUGCUAGAAUCGCAGUAUGGUCGAAUCAUUACGACAUCUACGGCAAUCGUAUCGGUCGUCAUUGCAUUUAUUCAAUCACAAAUUACUUAUUGUUUACUGAACAGAAGUCAGAUAGCUCAACGAAAUACUAGACGAGCUAAUCGGAAUUUAUACAUUGACAACGAUCGAUAUGUGGAUCUGGAGUAUGUAAUACCAAAGAAAAGCGUUAGCAAAGGUCAAAUAGCAAAUCCGACUGUGCAAUCAACAAAUGCUAACACAAAAUCCUGGGUAUUCGAAGAAACAUUCGAAGACCAUCAACGCGACACGAUGUCAUCGGCUUCGACCACCCAAUCUCCAACACCAUCCCAUUCCCUAGCGGUUGAUGCAUCGCCUUACAACGGUCCAAAAAGCACCAGUCAAAAGCAACGACGCAUAAGCCGUGUGUCAGAUGCGAACAGUGAACGAUUUAUGCAACAGAUGACAAGCUUUUCACGUUGUGCAACACCAUCGCCGGUGCCACGGAGUGGUCAAAUAACGCCAACGCCGUACAACAGCGGCGAUUAUCACGAUGCAUUCGGUCAAACAUCGAAUCGUUUGACCGUUGAUUUCUUAUCGUCCAUAGCCAAAGCAAAAGUUCCUUACAAUAAUAAUCCCGGACCGUCUAGCCUAUCGAGCAUGAGCAUGCAAGAUGACAGUCAAUAUGCUUCAAUGCUGGCCGAAUUGGAACAAUCGAUUAUCGAAAAGAAAAUCCAGGCUGGAUUCUCGCCGGACGAUAUCAGCCAGUCGACCGACAAAUAUUGCUCAUCCAAAUCCUCGUCCAAGGAUCUCGAAUUCUCGAAAGAAUUGGAAGCAGCACUGCAACUGAUCCAAGAACUGGAGACGCCGUCGGAAGGACCAUUGGAUCACAAAACGCUGAGUCCGAGAGAAAUAGCACGGUCGGAAAGUGAAAAGACAUUGAGUGCGGCUGUUUCGUUACCAUCGCCCGAGGCUCCGCCGGCUCGUAUCGUCGAAUAGACAGGAAUGGUAAGCCACAAGUGUAGAUUAGAGAAAUUUCAUUUGUUUUUGUAAUUCAACCAAAUCAUUGUGGCCACCCGCAAUAUGGUGUCCAUUUAUCGCGAUCCGUCAUCAACAUGUAGCUCAAUACAAUUAGUACCUUAAAUUUAAAUGAUUAUAGUCAUGCAUCGUGUGAAUGGAUGGUGAAUGCGAAUUAUAAUUUUACGGAAUGGAAAUGACACUGAGUACGCGUUCAGCUGGUCAUUUUUCGGGGUUAUUUAGAAUGCUUCUUCUCGCAUCUAGAGAUAGUCAGACGCAUAGAAAAAUUGUGUUUACUUAUGCUGUUGGAGGUUAUUGGGUUGCCACGGUAGCCGGUAUUUGAUUUUUUUUCGAAGAAUUCAAAUCAAAAAGAUUUUUCACCUCUGCAAAAUCACGCACAAUUUCAUCGGUCUGUGCUUGCUUUGAAAAUGCUUAGUCUUAUAAUCAACACAGGAUUAUAAGGUCACGUUUUUCAAUUUUCGAAGUCUGCGUGCACAAGACCAUAUUCGAACAUCGUACAACAAAGAGCCUAUUUUAGAGGAUUAAAUUCCUGAAAAUUCAUUAAAAUUCCAAAAUUCUGGUUUCUCUUAACUACCAACCGAAUUUAGUAGAUUUAGCUCAAAAAUAUAAAAUAAAUAAAAAGGGCCAUGAAAACAACGGAGGCACUUGGAUCUGUUGGUAUUUUAAAGAAACAGACAAAAUGUGACGGAAAAAUUUGGUAGUUUUCGGGAAUUUAAUUCCUGUAAAAUAGGCCCUGGUACAACAUCAACGAAUUGAGAUAUUUCCUCAGCACUUUCCCCUACAUUUUUUCUCGUGUAAAUGAGUACGAACGUUUCGCCUUUAACGAGUUGAAUUUCGAAAUUUAAGUAAUUGUUUAGUGUUCCCGCAAUAACAGUAGUCCCAGUGUGUAAGUGUAAUAUCAUUGAGUUCAUAACACUCGUCCAAAUCAAAUAAUUUUUUUUUGUUAAAUUGACGACAUCUCACCAGUUUCACUAACCUUCACGAUUAGUUUAAUUGCUUUUCCACAGAAACAAAAUGUCAAUUGCUGUGAUCUCCGCUUACAAAUAUAGGUCAUAGGUCAUACUAAACAUUUUAACACUUAAAAACAAAUUCAAAAUGCCUCAUCCAUGAAUUUAACCAUUUUUAUAGACUUUUCUCGUCUCUGCGCAUUCGAUGUAGUGAACAAGUUUGUCAACGAAAGACCGCUGGACAAAUCUGAUUCAUACGAUCUGACGAAUGAGUAAGCAGAGACGUGUUGCAGGGAAAAGUUUUGAUAUGUCGCAUUUAUAAUUGUCAUUCGUAAUUUCGAUCUAAUUAUACAAUUUUGCGACACCAACACACCUUUAACGUAGAACUAACGGUUCGAACUGAAUAUACAAAAUAAAACGUUUGAUUAAUAUUAAUACGCGGAUGUGUAUGUAGGCACUUAAGAAUGCAUUUAGUAAAUGUUUUUGAAUGAGUUAUAUUAUUGUACCACAAACGAGCAACGAGUGGAAUAAAAUUCGGAUAGAAUCUGAGCUAGUGUAGCACAUGAAGGUUGUAGUUAGUGACUCGUUGUAAUUGGAAUGAAAGUACGUUGUUGGUUGUUAGGAUAUACGUUAGAGAAUUCUUCAAAAAAUAGAAAAUCUUUUGAAGGAAAUUCAUUGAAAUGUCCUAAAAAUGUCCAGAUAACCUUUUCACAUAGAGGUGAUAACAGAUGGCGUUGCUUCCGCCUCCCCAGCUGGACGGAAGCAACGCCAUCUGUUAUGAUCUCUCUGCCUUUUCAAGAGUUGAACAGAAUCACUCAACAAAGGAAAUCCUCUGACAUUCCAAAAAUCCCCUGAGGACUUUUUUAAAUCCUUUGUCAAUCAAUUUUGUGGAAUUAUCCGGCCUUCGACUUGACAUCGGUGAAUUUUUCGUAAAGAAAAUCUUCUCUUUUCUUGUUUAAAAGAGAAAAUGAUUCUUGCAAAUGGAAACUACCUGUCCUUGGUCCUUGUAUCCACAAUAAGUUAGCCAAUUGUAAUAGGAGGGAAUAACUUAUGAUAGGAUGAUUUGUCAGGAGGAACAGCUUCUACAAUUUUUUAUGUAGCAUCACUCCUGUUAAUUGAAGCUACAAGUCAACGAUUAAUAAAACUUUAUAGUUUCGUGUAGUUACACCAAUUAAUCCAGUUGCAAGGCCAGUUUAUAUUAUUUACUUAAGUUUUCGAAUACUUAACCUAACACACUCCUGUAAUUAUCAAAAGAAAAA